AUGCCCUCCCCCCAGAACGAUGGGGAUGUGUACACCGUGGGAGAACUUGAUCUGAACCAAUGUGUCGUGACGAAUAGCGACGGCCAAAUCGCGGCCCAGAAAGAUGGCGGUGCUUUUUAUAGCGUUGAUGCCAAUGCUUGCUCUGUGGAUGACACGACUUUGAACUGCGGUAGAUGGGGCAGUCUUGUUAUCUCCGAUAUCGUGAAAGUUCAGGGCCAAUCGUUCGAAUGCUCUGGGUACACGGCAGAGACGAAGACUAAGACCCAGGGUGUGUCGGCGACUCCGACUCCGACGCCAUGA